GCAGAACCAAAGCCAGAAAUCCAUCCGUGUCAGUUCUGCUUUUGCACCUUCUCCAGUCAGAAGUUCCUCAGUUGCCACAUGAAAUAUAGUCAUCCCUCUCAUAUCCUCCCAGGAACGUCUGCAAGAAAGCACCUCCCACCUAAGAAUUCCUAUCCACAUGACCAGAAGCAAUGGCAACAGCAUUCUAAUCCAUACGGUGACGAAACAAGGAAUGCCAUGCUUAAAAGUCAGAAGCAAACAGAGAGCUCCAUUCCUUCGCCUAAGAAGACGACGCUGAAAGGAAUUUCAACAUCCCUCUCCCAGCUAUUUUGCAGUGAAAUCGUGAGCUCUGAUCCACUGAAGGAACUGGAGGAAGAAAUGAACCCAAGCCAGAAAGUCAACGCAAAGGACGCAGAUAGUGUAUUUCCAGGGAGAGAAAUGGCCCAAAUUUUAGAAGACAAUCACGCAAGAGCUAGGCACGAUUUCAGUGAUGACUCAGAUCUCAUCAUACACCGGAGGACAGACACAGGGGAGAAGCUGUAUGUUUGCAGAGACUGUGGGCAAGGCUUCAGCCGGAGGUCCAAUCUCAUCAUCCACCUGAGGAUACACACAGGGGAGAAGCCGUAUGUGUGCGCAGAAUGUGGGCGAGGUUUCAUCGACAUAUCGAGCCUCGUGAGGCACCAGAGGUCACACACGGGGGAGAAGCCCCAUAUUUGCAUGGAGUGUCGUCGAGGCUUCAGCCAGAGGUCUCACCUCAUCAUUCACCAAAGAAUACACACUGGGGAGAGGCCCUAUGUUUGCGGGGAGUGUGGACGAGGCUUCAGCCAGAUGUCCAGCCUCAUCAUACACCAGAGAAUACACACAGGGGAGAAGCCGCAUCUCUGCAGAGAGUGCGGGCGAGGCUUCAGUCGGAGUUCCAAUCUCAUCACGCACCUCAGGACGCACACCGGGGAGAAGCCGCACAUCUGCAAGGAGUGCGGGCGAGGCUUCAGCGACAAGUCGGGUCUCCUCAGGCACAAGAAGACGCACUCGGAGGAGAAGCCGCACAUCUGCACCGACUGCGGGAAAGGCUUCAGCCAGAGGGCCAACCUCAUCAGGCACCAGAUGACGCACACAGGGGAGAAGCCGCACGUCUGCAGGGACUGUGGGAGACGCUUCAGUGAGAGGGCGCAACUGGUCAUCCACCAGAGGACACACACUGGGGAGAAGCCCCAUGUUUGCAGGGAGUGUGGACGAGGCUUCAGUCAGAGGUCAGCUCUGGUAGGCCACCAGAGGACACACACAGGGGAAAAGCCCCAUGUGUGCAAAGAGUGUGGGCGAGCCUUCAUUCGGAGGGCACAGCUGGUCAUCCACCAGAGGACACACACGGGGGAGAAGCCCCAUAUUUGCAGGGAGUGUGAGCGAGGCUUCAGAGAUCUGUCCAGUCUCAUCAAGCACAAGUGGACACACACAGGGGAAAAGCCCCACGUCUGCGGAGAGUGUGGACGAGGCUUCAGCCAGAUGUCGCAUCUGCUCAUCCACCAGAGGACGCACACGGGGGAGAAGCCGCACGUUUGUAGAACAUGUGGACGCAGCUUCAACUUGAAGUCAGAUUUCCUCAGACACCAGAGGACACACACAGGAGAGAAGCCGUAUGUUUGCGAGGAGUGUGGGCGAGGCUUCAGCCAGAGGUUUAAUCUCAGCACACACCAGAAAACGCACACCGGGGACAAGUCCCAUGUCUGCGGGGAGUGUGGACGAGGCUUCAGUCAGAGGUCACAUCUCCUCGCACACCAGAGAACGCACACAGGGGAGAAGAAGCCUAUAUAUGCAAGGAGUGUCGGUGAGGCUUCAGAAAUCGGUCAAAUCUCAUGA